GUUUGUGUGUGUGUGGCGUGGUCUUCAUCCAUCCCACUUUCUCUCUCCCUCCUGCUCUCUCGCUCUCGCGCGCUGGCUCAGGGACUGCACUGCUGCAGCUGAAUGAAACCGAUGAAGCUAUGAUUCUCUCCCUGGCCGCGGCGGCAGCCAUGAGUAGCGGUGGCGGUAGCAGCCUCAACUCCUCCUCUCCCCUCGAUCCCUUCGACUCCUCCACCUCGUGGAGCCUGGUUGAGGACCCCGCCAACUCUUCGUCAGAACCUGUAGUGCAAACUGUGACCCCUGACCUCCAGCCAGCGACCACCGCCGUCGCUCUUCAGGAAGUCAGCCCAUGGGACAUUGCGCUUUGCGUGACGGGGACUCUCAUUUCCUGCGAGAACGCCCUGGUGAUCGCUGUGCUGUUUUACACGCCGACGCUCCGCGCUCCCAUGUUCAUCUUGAUUGGAUCGCUGGCGGUGGCGGAUCUCCUGGCCGGCCUGGGCCUCAUCUUGAACUUUGUCUUCACCUAUCUGAUCGACAGCUCGGUGGAGUUCGUGACAUUGCUGUCCGUUGGACUGCUGAUCUCGGCCUUCUCAGCGUCUGUCUUCAACAUCCUCGCCAUCACGGUCGACCGGUACCUCUCGCUCUACAACGCCCUGACCUACCACACUGAACGGACGGUCACCUUCACCUACGUCAUGGUGGUCUUUAUCUGGGUGUCGUGCCUCACGCUCGGCCUGUUGCCGGCACUGGGCUGGAACUGUCUGAGAGACGAGAGCACGUGCAGCAUCUGCCGACCGGUCACUAAAAACAACGCCGUGGCUCUCGCCGUCACUUUCUUAUUGGUCUUUGCCCUCAUGAUGCAGCUCUAUCUUCAAAUCUGCAAAAUCGCCUUCCGCCAUGCGCAGCAGAUCGCGGUGCAGCACCAGUUUGUGGCCAUCUCCACCACCAAAGGUGUCUCCACACUGUCGGCCAUCCUGUGUGCCUUCGGGGCAUGCUGGCUGCCGUUCGCCAUGUACUCCAUUGUGGCUGACUCCAGCUACCCCGUAAUAUACACCUACGCCACGGUCCUCCCAGCCACCUGCUGCUCUGUAAUCAACCCCAUCAUCUAUGCGUUCCGAAACCCAGACAUCCAGAAGUCGCUAUGGAUGGCCUGCUGUGGGUGCGUCCCCUCCAACCUCUCCUUAAGACCCAGGACCUCCAGUGAUGUGUAGCAGGGAAGGUUGGUGUCUCCUUAGUGUGAUGCUUGAGGUCGAGUCAGGGUUGGAGGAACAAGAGGUGGCUAGGAGGAAAGAGGAAAGAGAUUUCCUCUGCUUCUCAUAUCGGGGCAAGCUGAUGGCGAACACUCAGCUGGCCGCUGUAGAUGUGGCACCGGCGGCUGAUGGAGAAGAGGACGAUGCAUAGUCAAAAAAAAAAAGAAAAAGAAAAACGAUAUGAAAGUUUGUAGCCUUGAGAAAACCAAAAUCAUGGAUGGAGAUGGUGUGGAAACCAACUGCAAACACCUGUUUAAGGUAUCCUCAUCAUGGCUGUGGGAGCUGAGGCAGGCUGUGGGGGAAGUGUCAGGUGACUUUUCCACUGGCUUCUGUUAGGGCACGAAAAGUGAGUCCUGCUUCUCAAGAGUAGCAUAUAUGUGAAGCUGAGAUUUAGUAAGAAAGUUGCUAAAUCUCUGCAUGUCCUGAGGCUGGGCAGCACUGCAUGGUUAUGCAAUCAGAAGGAGUGAAACAGUCUUAAAAUACUUGUUUGUGUUUUUAACUGAUGUGUUUGAAAUUAAGUGGCGUGUGGAUAAAAAUACAAUGAGCUAAAUAUACACAAGGAACGACCUUGAAAAUUCACAAUGAGCUACUUUCUCCUGGUAAAAAAACGAGAAUAUUUCCUCCCUGGAAACAUUUUGAGCAAUGUUUCCUUCAGCUGAUGCAGAUUAAGUAGCUGAGUCUUGCCCAUUAAGCCUUUUCCCAAUGCCAGAAGCACAGCCUUUAUUAUUUGUUUUUCCCAUUUCGAUGCAAGUUUCAGGAAAGAGUGAAAAAAAGCUAAUCACACAACAUCCCUCCUCAAACAUUCAAAUCCGAAAUGAAAUCUAAUGUACCAGUCUCUGAAUGCAUAAACAAGCCCGGCUAGUUUGAAGAAUCUAGAGAGGGAUUUCCAUAUUUAGACUGGCAUGUGUUGUCCUUGGUUCAUUGAAAUGAAAUCUGCUCCGCAACGGAGAAAAAUGGGUUUCUCAGCCUGCCGCUGUGCCGUGACUGCGAAGCAGAGAGAGCUGAAUUCAGCACCAAGGACAGCGUCACUGCAGAGCGCUGCUACCCUGGGAAUGCUCUCUGCUGCGGGGAGGGAGAGCGCCGGAAAGUAGGCUACGCUGUUCUUUACACCCUCUUUAUGGGGAAAUGUGAGACGGGCCUUAAAGGAGCAUUUCAGCAUGAUUGGAAUUUCUUUCACCCUUUUGUCCACCCCUGGAUGGAUAAAGGUAUUUAAAAAUUUGUGUUUGCUAAAACUCUUCUGUUAUGUGAUUGCUUCAGUUUCAAAAAGACAUGCAGAACAACAUUAAUAGUGCUAGUUAAUCACUGUGGCACAAGAGAGCACAAAAGACAUUUAUGAUUAGUAUCAAUAGCUAACAUCUGCAAACCUUAUGUCUCGGUUUGGAUACUUCCAUACACUUUGCAUUUUACGCUAUGUCCUUACUUGCAUAGUGUUUAAAAUUAAACGUGGUAAUGUUAUUUCAAACUGACCACAGCAAGCUGUAUACUUUCCAGAAAUGAUGACUGGACAUUGAUCGGAGCCUGACUGAUCUAUCAGUGGGAUGAUAUAAUCAGCUUUUUGGUAUUGUUGUUUAAAACGGCGGAUAAAUUAAAAUUUAACAAAGAUUUGAUGGGAGAAACUCCAACUUCAAACUUGUUAUAAGUGUUGAAGAUUUGUUCACCAGAGGGUACUCUGCAAGUAACCUGUUGGCGACAUGUGUUUGGAACACCACAAAUACGACAAUCAACUGAUUCAGACAGAGACAGGCAGAGCGUAAACGGGUAAAUAAAUAACUACAUAUAACAAAUGUUUAAAAAGUCUGUUUAGAUUUCAUGUGUCUGACAGAAUUUUUUUUAAAAUAUAUAUCGGAAUUUCAGAUUUUUAAAUGACCAAAUAUUGGCAUCAGUAUCACUGUCAGUGUAUAACAGUGAUGAUCCCACUAGCUGCUGCAAUCUGUGAACAUUUACUACUCCCUUAGCAGCUGACCGCACAUACGACAAGAUUCCUCUGCAAUAAAGAAACUGAUUUAACUUUCAUGAACAAGUAAAGCAAACCAAAGUUGGUCUCGUGAAUGCUAUUUAGCUGGCUAGCUAGCAUUGGGAGCUAGCAUCGUUGCUUGGAAUGUAUUUCCUUUCUGUCAUAUUGCUGUCUGAAAUGUUUUGGCCAUUUCUUCUACCAUGUAGCAAUAUUUGGGGUGGAAAGUGUAAAUAACACUACACCACAUCAAAGCGUACUAAAGAUUUGCUGCUCGUUCUUUAGCUGGCCUGUCAUUGUUGUAUUAAUGUAUUGAUUUUUUCUGAGGGGUCCUGUUCUUUUAUUACGCGGCAAAAAUGGCGACUAUUUUGAAGAAGAAGGGUAAAGAACACCACACGACAUGUACUGCAAGUGCAUAAUAAAUGUUUGCUGCUAGCUAUUUAGCUGGCAAGCCAGAAUUGGCCUGACAUAGUUCCUUACAAUGUAUCAGCUUUCUGCUGUUUAAGAAAUUUCUGAUGAUGUAUCAUCCUAAGCUGUUUACACACUGGAAGUGUCCGCAUCAACGUGGUGAACACACUCCACAGAAAGCGAAGAAAAUUUAGCAACUAUGGGCGAAACAGCUGCAAGCAACGUAAAGUGGAUGAGAUCUGAGAUAAUCUUUUUUUAAAGCCCAGAAGGGACUACCAAUGUGAACUAAUAAGAACACAGGACACAUAUGACCUGUUAGUAAAUGAGUUAGAGGGGCAACCGCAGCCUGGAACACCUACAAGCUGUCAGCUUCAAAGCGAUGUGCGUCAAGCGAAUCACUUACUUUUAUGCAUGAAAUACAAAGUAUGGAAGUAUCUGAGACACAGCUAUGGUAAAAGUUCAGCACUGUUUAAGACCAGCAUAUUAUAAGCCUAAUUUGACCCCUGCCAGGCCAGUUUUUAAUUAUUUUUUAGAUAAAAGCUACAAUCGUUAUUUUAGCCAAAGUGUCUUUUUAGCAUACUCUUGUUGUUUGAUGUUUCGACACAUAAAAAACUAUCAAAAAACUUUAAAACUGGAUUAAAGAUCCAGAAACAUGGCUAAAUUACUUCUCUGAUGGAAACUCUGUCUAUAAUGCACAAUCAUGAAUGUAUUUAAAUAUCGGCCUCGAUAUCAAUCUUAAAAUAUUUCCAGGGGUCAGUCAAUCAAAACAGAAGCUUUAAAAAAUUACUCCAGUCAUGCUCAAAUGAUCCAAAAAAAUCCACUCGGGGUCCUGCCAUACCACCAUGACCCCGUCCUCUCUGUCCCCGUGUUUGCGAUCAGCAGAAAUUCCCGUCGUCACCGGGAAAGGUGAGAGCAGCUGAUAUUUUUCUGAGGCGAACAGGACCUCUGUGUUUUUCUGCAAUCUCCAUAAAGCUGUUUUGGCCAUGCGGCUCUAAAGUUAGACGGCACUCUGGCUCCACAGCCCAAUUGAUUUUACAUUAGCCGAGCUGAGCACAAUCCAUAUCGAAAAGGUCGUUUUUCAUCGGGGGCAGCUUUGGUCGGCUACGCUACGUUUUAAGUCAUACUUGCGAUUCUUGCACCUCUGAAAAUAAAUUAAGAAUGGAUGGGUUUUGUAUUAUUGCUAAAUAUUUGUAAUGCUUAUGCUUAAACACUCAUAGAUGUAUGUCAUAGAUUCAGGGGAAAUGGCAAAAGUCUAUAUAUUAAGAAGGAAACAAAGCACCAUAUGGCGAAAAAUUCUCUGGCUUCCAUUUUAAUUUCCCUAUGUGCAGCCUGUCAGCAGUAGCUGGGUACCUUCUGCAGACAUGCACACAGUCUCACCCCGCCUUGAAGAAGCAGUGCAGCUCCGCCGCGGGCCACCUCUGAAGGCUCGGCAGGUUAAUGAGAAGCAAGAGAGGUGAGGUGACGUGGCGUGAAAUAGAAACACCAGGCGAGACGCGCUUUAACGCAACCUCAGGUCACGUCCACCAUGCACCCAAUCAGGAUGAAGUUAUUUCCCCACUGAAAGGGCAUCAUGCACCGUAAAUCCAGCUAAUGAUAAUAAUAUCUGAGCAGUAAUGGUACAGGGAGCUGGCCUAAUGUACAGAGAAUGCUGUGAGGAUGAGUUGGAGAAGGGAUUUAUUGCCAACCUCAAUCUGUAUUUAAAUGAUCUACGGAGAUACUUUUCACUUUCGUGUUCCUCAGAGCAACCUCGGAGAGAGUUUCAAUGACUAAGCUGCUGGCAUGCUGCUCAUAUACAUGUGUGGGAGGUGUGCUGGCUUUGGGAAAAUAGUUUAUGGAAACUGGGCUGUAGUUUCGAACUGCAACAGUAAGACUCAGCACAGGAAAAAAACUGUGUAACUACAGGGAGUCACUUCCAAAUUCAACGCUUUCUACCAAAUAAAUCACAACAUUAUGGCGUGAAAGCAAAAAACACACAUGUACUCAAUGAAACUCUGAAAAUGGCGCACAGGAGAAGCAGGUAUUUUCUUUUUCUAUGAUGUAAAUUAAAGCUUAGAGUAGAAGUAUUUUCUACUUUUCUUGGCAGGAAGCAACAAUCAGUUGUUUUUGCAGCAGUUGUUAGCAGAACAACAGCCACACGAGUUUCUGUCAAUGAUUUCCUUUGGAAACGGCAGACUCUCUUGUGUCUUCUUUUGAUUUCUAUUUGUUUGGUUUUGGCCUUAUUGGAACAACAAAAACUCCUUCGCAAUAAUGUCCAACUGUGUUUUGCUGUGUACAAAAAGCCACAAGCGAGAAAUGGAGAGAGAAAGAGAAGCGGUCGGCUUUGGAAGAUUUGCAGAAUAACUCAAAGUAAAUGUUUCAAGGCAACAAAUGGCACAUUGGGUUUUAUUGGAAAGAAAUAUGAUCCUGGCUGCCUGGUCGGGGUUUUCUAAAAAGCAUGGAAAACCUAAUGAGUAAAUAAAUGCUCAACUUCUUUUCUUAGCUCAUCUACUGCAGACAGAAACCUCCAAAAUAAAAUGCAUCUGCAGCCAUUUUACUAAUUUGAUAAUUUAAUUAUAAAACCACCAGUUGAACAAGUUGCCGGUGCGACCUCUUCCCUUCCUCUCUCUUUUGCUCAAUCACUGCAUUGAUGGAACUGCCUAAUGGUAAACCACCUGCAUCAAUUAUUAAGUGAAAUAUUUUCAAUUACUCUGAGGCUGGAAGCAUGAUGUGGAUGAAAUUUGGCACUCGGUGAACCGCAGCAGUGCGCGAGGGAGGGUGAAACAUAUCCACGCACAAGAGUUGAAUGAAUCUAUUUCACACAGGAAACUGAUGCGGAUCCUUUUGGCACACAGUUCUCUUGUAUGCACAAUGAUAUGCGAGACUUGCCUGGUCACCUGUGUUUGGAUAUGCUAGAUGGGACAUGCAGAGCAGUCACAAAUGAGGUGAGGAUAAUGUCACAUCCGGUACGGUUUCUAACAGAUGGCCAGUGUUGCCAGUGGUACAGUUUGGCCCUUUAAUUGUAAUAGUAAAAGAAGACCUGCACUAGCAGGGAUGUGGCUUUUAAACUCAUCUUCUUUCCUCUUAAAGGCUAAUCAAACCUAUUAGAGAAUCAUGAAGCAGAACUGGAUUGAAGGGAAAUAAAUUUUGAGGCUUGUUUUAGAUUCUGUAAGGCCACCUAAAAAUGUCAACAUUUGAAAUUGUCUUGACUCCAGAUACGGCAUGGGAACACCAGCAUUUACCAUUCUAAUCUGUUCAGCACUUAUUUAUGAGGAAGAAAACAGGAAAACAUAAACAGUGUAAAUGUAUGUAGCCACGUGACAUCACCUAUUGGUUUAUGAAACCCUGUUUUGAACUCUUGCCAUUAUAAAGAAACCUAGUAAAGGAUUGGCUCAUUGGCUGAUGACACAUGUUGAGGAUUUCAACAAAUGGACAUAUCCCGGAUGACUCUCCUUUUUAACUAUAUAAGAAUGGCCAAAAUUUACAAAAUGGCAUUUACGUUUUAUUCACUAUGACCUGAAGCUAGGAACUGAGACCAUAAACUCAUAAGAAGAGUGUUUGCAGAGGUCACAGGGAAACUGAGGCGAGGACCAUUUUCCCGAAGACUCAAAUACAGCUCAGCAAUGACUUUCAGGAAGUGAAAAUCCAAUUCGUAUUCUCCAUAGGGAAUCUGACUAUGAGCCAUAAUGUGGAAACAAUCAAAAGUAGACUUAGUAUAAGCUAUGACAUUCCUACAGUUUCCUAAAUCCAAACGGCAACAUAUCUAAAUGUGGAUUUCAAUGAUACCAUGGAAAUUUUUAAAUUAGCGAACGCCACAUUACUUAGUCUACGUCCACAUGCACAUGGAUAUCUUUAAAAACAGGGAUUUUUUCAAGUUUGUUUCCAAAAAUAUCUCUGUACUCAAGUUCCAUCAAGAUGAUGAAGGAUAUCCAUAACCCUAACCAUAUGGAAAUGUUGGCAAGUCAGAAGCUCACAAACAAUAAAAUAGAAUAGAGAAUAGAAUAGAAUAAUCCUUUAAUUGUCCCACAAGGGGAAAUUUGGUUGCAACGGCAGCCAGAAAGACACAUAUACAACAAACAGUACACAGGACACAGAACAGAAACACACACAGUUUGUCUUACAUAUUUACAUUAAGGACAAUGGUUACUAUAAACAGAGUCCAGAAAAGAGAUAGUGGCUAAAGAGAUAAAGAUAAAUAUCUUUGAUGCUCUGAAACAAAAGCUCAGUUUUUCUUGUCCACAUGUAGCCGCAGAAACAAAGUUUCUGAAAGUCUUCACCCUGGCAGGAGUUCUUUAAAAAAAAAGUCCUGUUUUAAAGCCUCGUGUUGUAGCCAUCUUGGUUUAAAAGUACUGUACUAAUAUCCAUGAAUCUAGCAUCCUGUUAGCUACCUUGCUAACUAGCUUGCUAGCUAUUAAUAGGCUAGCUACCUUCAACUACUUCUUUGCCUUCACAAACUCCUUUUAUUCUAUUGAAUUAUAUACAGUUUAAACAACAAAAAACUCAUGGUGUAAACAGCCCAUUAAAGAUGAAGAAAACAGAUGCUUAGAGAAAUAUUGUGACUAAUUGGCAUUAGCAGGUUGCCAGCUAGCGCUAGCAUGUCGGCGUCUCAGUAAGUUACAUAUUAAUCACAUAUUGUAUGAAAUAAAACCACAUAAAUUUUACUUUUUUGUGUGACGAAAGCCUAAAGAUAUAAUCUCUCUCUUUUUUUUAAAAAUAACAUAAUUCUCAGUGUGUUUAAAUAUUUGGUGACCUUAAGUCUCCAAUUGAAAAGCUGUGAUUGAAAUUUAAGAAUUUCAGUUUUGCACUUUCACAGUACUAUUUAGGCAGUUUUUGGGUGUCCAAAAAACUAAAGCAAAACUCACAAUGUUCAUUUGAUCCAACUCUGCAUAAAAUCUUAAAUAUAAAUAUAUAUUUAAUUGCUAUAUAUAAAUAUAACAAGCCUGCUGAAAUCCAAACACAGCGGCAACUAAUCAGUCGCUGUAAAUUCCAGAUGUAUUUUAUAAACUGUCCCAUCUGGCAUGUCCAUCAAGCGGUUGUUUUAACAAUUAAUAAGACUCAUCUGUGAAUAUGCCACUACUCAGUCUACCAUUCCUGGGACAGGAGUGGAGCGACCACUCACUGUGUGUUUGUGUAUGUGUGUGUGUGUGUGUGUGUGUGUGUGUGGGUUUAACGCGUGUGCCCGGGAUCAUAGCCAAUUGUAAUGAACCAUAGCAACUCUAACUGUAAACACAAACACGCAGAAUGGUUUUUGUCAGCCGCUAUACAGGACUUAUAAUUCAGUUUUUAAAAAGAAAAGAAAUACCGUACAAGUGAGCGUGUAGAGCGCAUGUGUGCGUGCGUGUGUUAUUUUUCUUAUGCAAUGCUGUACAGAAAUGUAUAUUUUUGUAAUGUUCAUCAGGGCAUGAGUUACAAGACAUGGUCGCUGCUGUGAGUCUGUUGUGAGUGUGUGUUUCUUCCUAUUCUUCUGUGUUCUUCCUAUAAACAAACGUCAAAAGUUUCUUUGGGGGGAAAAGUUGUGUGUCGGAUAUGCUUAAAAAAGUGCCAUAAUUUUUGACUUUCUAGUUUCUUAUUUUUUGGUUUGUAUAUAUCUUAAGUUAAUCGGAGGGCAAAGACGCAAAGUCGUUAGAACCAGUAAAUCUUUCUGACCUAUAUAUACUUAUUUUUUGCUCUAACUGCAGAUAAACACAAGCCUCGAUACAGAUUGCAGUAAAGUGAAGGGUUUUAUCUGUUAAAAAAGAAAGGGGGGGGGGGGGACAAUCGCACUGAUCGACAGGGAGACGGAGAGUUCGUGAGCAGCAGUUUUACGUCACAGAGUCAGGGCUCCGGUGACGUCAUAUUGUCUGAGUCGUGUCUAAGGGAGCAGGUCGUUUCAAAGACACCCCCUCCUCUGUUUGAAAAAACUUCACUUUUUCCUCCUCCCCAUCGCUUUCACUCGCCUGCCACUCCCCGCCCCCCCUUUAGAAAACACCCUUUUCCCCUCAUUUCUUUCUAUCAAUCCUUUUUACUCCCCCUCCUCUUCUUUCCAUUCAGCCCGUCUUUGCCAUCCUCAACUCCUUCCUCCCACCUCCCUCUGUCUCUUUCUCUUGUCUAACAUUUUGCUAUCCGUGGCCUGCAGGAAGCUAGUCGGUCAGGCGCCGUCUAAAGAUAGUCCCCACCGAAAGCAGAUUAAAAAGAAAAAGAGGAGUAGAAAAGAAAAAGGAGGGGUGGGAGUAAAUAAGUCGAAAUGAACCAGGGGGCAGAGGCAAACCUUCACCUUGCUGCGGUAGGCAGAAAAACAUUGCCGGUCUUUGUUUUCUUCGUUCUCGUGUGUCUAUUUUUAUAUACAGUCUCCUUAUCCAUCCUUUAAAGCCUCUUUUAUUUUCUUGUGAGCACAAGCAUUUACAUGAAGGUUCUGUUUAUUUGUGUUUUUUUGAAAAAAAGCAGGGUUUGGGGCGAGUGCCUACAGCAAAUAAGCAGGACCAGCUCAACUGUCAGUCAGGCUUAUAAUGUGUCUCCUCUGUAACCUACAACCUGGCAGAGAUUGUCAAUUGAUUUCAAAAAACCAUUAUAGAGCUAAUUUUCUAUCGGACCGAGUAUGGCCUUCACGGACAGAAAAAGGCGUAGUUUUACGCAUCGAUGCUGUCGGUCCCGAUGAGAAGCAGCACCGAGCGUGUUAUUGGGUAACAAUACUGUGAUGUCAGAGAGCUAAUAUGAUGUUCUUGAAUCAUUCUUCCUGGAUUUCUAUGAUUUCUUACUGUGUUUCCUUUGAUUUUUGCUCCUCUCGGGUUUGUGUGGCAACACGGUUGGCUCAUGAUUAAAAAGUACAAAUGCACUUUAUAAGAUGGACAUGUUACACAUUGCACUUGUAAAUGUCGAAUGUAAAACCUUGAAGAGAAAGAUUUAUUUUUACUAUUGUAAAUAAAUGAAAAGAGAAACAAUGAAAAAAAAAGACUGCAAAAAUUAAAAGAAGAAAAAGUGGAGAAUAAUUUGCCAAAUAAAAUAAAAAGAAUAAAAAAGGGGAAAAAUUCUGGAGUGGAGUAACGUCAUUGCUUUGUAGGUUGUGUGACAUUAUUGGUGUGUGGGUGUCGUUUUCGAGUGUGUGUGGGGAUUAUGAGUGCGUAUGAGUCAACAUUGCAGGUCACUGUAGUGUAGAAGGAAAGCCUGGGAAUAAAAAAGAAAAGAUGGUGCUGAAUUAUUAAACCACUCCCUGCUUGCAUAACAGCAGAGAAGGCGAGAUAUCCCGGCAGGGAGAAGAGGGAUCGGGAAAGAAGAAGGGACAGAUUCCAAUAAAAGAUGCAACACGCACACAAAAAACACGUUUGAUAUUCCCAGAGAAGAAAACAGGAAGCCCGGAGGGACAGGAUGGUGGGAAAGGUGUGAGAAAGUGUAUAUGUAUUUGUGUGGCAACCUAAAAACUAAAAGAAACACACACAUUUGUGUGAUCUACACGUCUUUAGGUUGGUGUAUUCCCUGGAGACAACGAUAGCCGUAGCGAGGGUGCUGCUGAAGGGUGGGGUCUUGAUAAAUAAUUAACGGCGCUGCAGAAUUGGUGACGCAGGUGAGCGUGUUUAUCGUUUAACCUUUAAUUAAGUUCUCGAUAAACACGUUCGCCUGCUAGCGUGUGGGUGACAGCGUGAGACUUUAAAAGGUGAUGUUCAAACUCCUUGACUCACCUCUAUGCGGUCUCCACAUGGAGGCGAAGAGCUCCGCCGUGUGGCCAGAGGUGAGUACUGCGCAGUCAGGAGACUAAGGGAAACGACGCAGCAUCCACCCACACACACACACACACACACGAUGGGCUUCUUUUACGUCAUUACAGCAUCUCUCUUGCAACAAGCACGAAGCAAAGCCCUUCUCCCCUUUUCCUUAUCCUUACUGUCUCCUUCUCACUCUGUAUGCACCCUUACACCCUCACUGAGUCACAGCACUCUCUCCACCAUCUGCUGCAGGAUGCUGCAAAUCACCUCGAUGUAUGUGCAUGUGUUCGAGGGAGAAACGAGCGCACAGAAGGUGGUGAUGUUUCUGCAUCUGUCGUGUCUGACUCGACACGCACACACAUCCUGAGCCUGAUAUGAAACUGAUUAACAUUCGAAUGGAGCCUGUGACGAUGACUUACUCCAUGUGGCGAGGAGAUGAUUCACGAGUGGACUUAAUGUAAAACUGAAGGUUAUUAAGUCACUGAUCUGGCAUAUUUUAAAGUUUUCCAGGAACUGAUGAUUUAUUUGGUAAAUGGAGCAUCUAAUACACGUGACCCUGAAAAAUGUGACAUGAUUUAAUUCUCGCUGUUUGGCGCCACUGUGACAUACAAAAACAGUCCCCUUCAGAUGCACGGACAAGGGAUUUGGUAAGUGAGAAGCCUUAAUGCUACAAAAGCACAGCUAUAUACAACAGAGAACCUGUUAUGUUUUCCUCUGUUUAUUGUCAUAUUUAUUCUGCUACAUGCACAUAUUAAACAUGACCAAAGUUUCAAAUGAUGAAAUCAGCGUACAGUUAUGGUCAGAAGUUUACAUCCACCCUUCAUGGGCAUGAAUGUCAGGGUAAUUUUGGGCUUUUAAUCAUAUCUUUGAACUGUUUGUUUUCCAGGGUGGGAUGAUUGGCCAGCACACAUAGGCUUUAGAAAACAAGAAUUAGGUGCACAAGUCUGAAUUUAUUUUUCUGAAUUUCUCUAAUCCACACAUGGUCAAAAGCAUACCAUAUACCAGUAUUAUUGACAGCAAAACAGCCCAGAGCAUG